CAUAAACACGUCGACAUGGAGAAGAUAAACAGAAAAGUGGCACAGCAGCUGCUGACGUUGUGUAUAUCCGAAAAUGGCCUAUGAAUGUUUAUAGAAAAUGCAUUUUCCGCCACGUGUUUAAGCUUAUGUGUAUUAUCGUGAACGCGCGUCGCUAAGGAAACAGCUAAUGGUUGUGACAACAUGGACGGUGACCUGAGUCCACAGGAUAAGAAAGACUUGGACAAGUUCAUCAAGUUUUUUGCCUUAAAGACCGUUCAGGUGAUCGUCCAAGCUCGCCUCGGGGAGAAGAUCUGCACUCGCUCGUCAUCAUCGCCCACCGGCUCGGACUGGUUUAAUUUGGCCAUCAAAGACAUCCCGGAGGUCACCCAUGAGGCCAAGAAGGCUCUGGCCGGCCAGCUUCCGGGCAUCGGCCGCUCCAUGUGUGUGGAGAUCUCCCUGAAGACCUCCGAGGGUGACUCUAUGGAGUUAGAGACGUGGUGCCUGGAGAUGAACGAGAAGUGCGAUAAGGACAUCAAGGUGUCGUACACCGUCUAUAACCGGCUGUCGGUUCUCCUGAAGUCUCUGCUCGCCAUCACCAGAGUGACGCCCGCCUAUAAGCUGUCCAGGAAGCAGGGGCACGACUACGUCAUCUUAUACAGGAUCUACUUUGGGGAGGUCCAGCUGGGCGCAUUAGGAGAAGGUUUUCAGACGGUGCGUGUCGGCGUGGUGGGCACGCCGGUCGGCACGGUCACGCUGUCGUGCGCCUACCGCACCAACCUGGCGUUCAUGUCUAGCAGGCAGUUCGAACGGUCGGCUCCGAUCAUGGGGAUCAUCGUGGAUCACUUCGUGGACGCCGGCGGCGGCGGCGGCAGUCAGCGUCCCGUCAACAUGGGGCAGCCCUGCAACUACAGAGCGCCGGACGACGAGGACGGAGGGGCGUUUGCUGGAGUCCAGGACUCACAGGAGGUCUGCACCACCUCCUUCUCCACCUCCCCUCCCUCUCAGUGCGUCUGCACACUGAGUCCGUCCCCUUCCAAACUGUCCAAGCCCCUCCCGCUGGACAGUCUUCAGCUCCCGUUGGCUCCGGGACUUGUCGCUCACGCCCUCUACGCCUCCAGGUUAUCCUACCAGCCGGCACCUACAGGGGGAGCUGCUGAGUUCAACACCAACCAGGGUUUCCAAGCGGGGAAAGAGGGCGGUGGGAUCGUUCUGGUUCCUGCUCCUCCUCCUCCUCAUGGAGCAGACGUCCAGCUGACGGUAGAAAACGCCCCGGACACAACCAGCAGCAGCGGCGAUGAGGACGGCCUGCUGCAGAGCGGCGAGGGAAGGAGCGUCUCUCCCUGCGACCCGGUGGAGUCCCUCAACGCGUUCACCAGGAAGGUCGGCGCGUUUGUGAAUAAGCCCAGCGCUCAGAUAACCGCUGCCAGCCUGGAUCUCCCAUUCGCCGCGUUUGCGCCUCGUGCCCUGGACUCUGAGGAGAAUGACCCCAUGGUGAACCCCCCGGCGUCGCCGCCCAGCCAGUCCCCCCUGCAGGCCAGCCUUCACUCUCAGGGCUCGGAGGGAUCGGGUCAGCAGGACGACUUCGUCAUGGUCGACUUUCGGCCCGCUUUCUCUAAGGACGACCUGCUGCCGAUGGACCUGGGCACCUUCUACCGGGAGUUUCAGAACCCCCCUCAGCUCGCCAGCCUCUCUCUGCACACCAGCUCCCAGUCGAUGGCCGACGACCUGGAUUCGCUGCCGGAGAAGCUGCGCGUCUACGAGAAGAACAUUGAUGAAUUUGACGCCUUUGUGGAGAUGCUGCAGUAGGAGGAGCGCCGGACAAGACGACCUGGGAGGAAACGUUGACUUAAUCAGAAGGAAAAGGGGGGGGGGGGGUCUCAUUAGGCAGGCUGCAUUAUGUUUAAAGCUCUACGUGUGUGAAAACCUCCCACCGGGCCACCUUUAGUCUGCUUCACUGUAAAUACUGUAAUAUCUGGUGACACUGGCUCACGGGCGCCGUCUUGUCUGGUAGUGGUAACCGAACCGACAGUUUUAAUUUAUGUGUUGCACAAAUCUGCUGUCGUAGUCAAACGAUCAUGGGGUCAGCCAUGCGAAGCCAAGGACACACGAGCAGUUUGUUGGUAAAAGCCCUCAUUGUGGAUCCCUCCGCUCUUCCUGCUAGCCUGUAAAGAUAAAGAUUCAGAUAUUUAACAUGUCUAAAAAAAA